CGGGAGUGUAUGACCUUUGCCCUAAUAAUGGCGCGUGUUGACAUCAUAUUGUCUUAAGACAUGCUUCAAUUCUUCCAAAUGACGGCCUGCCACCCUUAAGAGCGGCAAGACAACUUCUGGGGCACCAAGGAGAGAAAGGACACCUUCUUAAGAUGGGUUUGUUGUCUUUGGGAUCUCCCCUAAGUUGGGAAGAAACGAAGAAAUUCGCCGACCAUGUCCGAAAACACGGCAUACAACAACUUAUAAACAUCUACCGGCGACUGAAGGAUCGACAUGGAGACGUCUUGAAAUGGGGAGACGAGGUGGAGUACAUGCUGGUUGUUAUGGAUGAAGACAACAAGACGGCCCGCCUGAAUCUGAGGGGAAACGAAGUUCUGGAAAUACUGGAGAAGCGGGAGCAAGAAAGUCCAAAUGACCCCCCCACCACCUGGAGGCCAGAGUACGCCAGCUACAUGAUAGAAGGAACACCAGGGAAGCCGUACGGAGGGCUCAUGGGGCACUUCAACAUGGUCGAGUCCAACAUGAGGUUAAGGCGUGAAGAGCUGCUGUCACUACUAGACCAGAACCUGGGAGAAACUGCCAUUUCUUUCACUGUCUUUCCAAGGCUUGGCAGUCCAGGUUUCACAGACCCACAGAUUGAGUGCAACCCAACAGUAAACACGGCAUCACGUUCGCUGUUCUUCCCUGAUGCUGCAAUCAACCAUCAUCCCAGGUUCAGGACCUUAACCAGGAACAUAAGAGAGAGAAGAGGGGAGAAAGUCUGUAUAAACAUACCAAUUUUCCAGGACAAAAACACACCAAAACCAUUCAGGGAGAAGUUUCCAAACGGUGACGAAGAAUCGCGAAAAGCUGCUAAAGACGACCACAUCUACAUGGACUGUAUGGGGUUCGGUAUGGGCUGCUCGUGCCUGCAGAUGACAUUCCAGGCUUGUAACAUAGACGAGGCGAGACACCUGUAUGACCAACUGGCUCCACUCUGCCCUAUCUUUUUGGCGCUGAGUGCGGCUGCCCCGGUGUAUCGUGGGUACCUUGCGGAUGUGGACUGUAGGUGGAACAUCAUCGCCAGCUCCGUGGACUGUCGCACACGCGAAGAGAGGGGACUGGAGCCCCUGAAGCAUGACAAGUUUGUGAUUCCGAAGUCCAGGUAUGACUCCAUCGACUGUUACCUGACUCCGGAGGCAGAGAAGUACAACGACAUUGACCUUGUUCUGGACCAGGACAUCUGCCAGCAACUUCAGGACGCAGGAAUUGACAGGCUUCUUGCUCGUCAUUUUGCUCACCUGUUUAUCCGGGAUCCGAUCUCACUCUUCAGCGAGAAGAUCCACCUCAACGAUGACGAGGAUUCAGAUCACUUCGAGAACAUUCAGUCGACCAACUGGCAGUCCAUGAGGUUCAAACCACCCCCUCCAAACUCUCCCAUCGGCUGGAGGGUGGAGUUCAGGCCAACGGAGGUUCAACUGACAGAUUUUGAGAACGCGGCUUACGUGGUGUUCAUCGUUCUUCUGACAAGAGUCAUCCUAUCUUACAACCUCAACUUCCUCAUCCCCAUAUCCAAGGUUGAUGAGAACAUGCAGGAGGCCCAGAAGCGAGACGCUGUCAGACAGGGGCUGUUCUGGUUCAGGAAGGAGGUUCUGCCACCGAAUGAGUGCUGUGAUGACUUAGAGGAGUCCAAACCCAAACCAGCGGCUGCCAAACCCUACAGCCUGUAUAACGGGGCUGGUCAACAAGAGGAGUACACCAAGAUGACAAUUAACGAAAUCAUCAACGGACAGGCUGGCGGUUUCCAGGGUCUUGUGUCGCUGAUGAACUCCUACCUGGAGACAGUCGACAUCGAUGUGGACACCAGGUGUUCUGUACAGCAGUAUCUCAGGCUCAUCCAGAAAAGGGCAUCAGGUGAACUGAUGACGACAGCUCGUUGGAUCCGUGCCUUCGUCCAGAACCACCCCAAGUACAAGUAUGACUCCGUUGUGUCGGACGAAAUCGCGUACGACCUCACAAAAGUCGCGGACGAGAUCACCAAGGGUGUCCGGGCGUGUCCGGAACUGUUCGGGACGCUGAACUCACGCACAAAAGUCUCCCUACCUCCUGUUGUUCAUAAGAACUUGAGGAAGGAAAAUCCUGAUCAUGAUAUUCUGACUUAAAGGCAUCCAAAUGAUGCAAUUUCAGGGCAGCAAAUCUUCUGAAUAAGGCAAUCUGUUUGAUAAAAAAUGCAGAAACAAGCCCCAAAGUUAGUCCCUUAUUUUCUGGGUGGUACCCUAAAAAUCUGCCCAGGACCCCUUCCAGUAAGCCCUAAAAACAGCAUCCAAAUAAUGCAAUUUCAGGGCAGCAAAAAAAAAAUAUUCUGGAUGAGGAUCUCUCUUUCUGUCUCUCUCUGUCUCUCUCUCUC